AUGAGCCAAGUCAACCCUUUACACUACAACGGAGGUGCCGUAUUCGCAGCAACCGGUAACCAGUGUGUUGCCAUCGCUGCGGAUCGGAGGUUUGGACAAGCGCAGCUCACGCUGGCAUGCGACGCAAACCGUCUGUUCCGCGUCCACGAUCGACUGGUGCUGGGACUCACUGGACUCGCGACCGAUUGUCUAACACUAGCAGAACGCGUGCGGAUGCGCACGAACCUAUAUCGUUUAGGAGAGAAACGCGAACCGAAACCUGCAACCAUUUCAGCGCUGGUUUCCGCGCUUCUCUAUGAGCGCCGCUUUGCACCGUACUUUGUCGAGCCGGUGAUCGUCGGUUUGUCGGGCGAUAACAAGCCGUAUUGCUGCUCCAUGGACCUGUUGGGCACGCCCAUGGAAACCGAUGAGUUCGUAGCUGCUGGUACCUGUGCCGAGUCGCUUUACGGGACGGGGGAAACCUUCUGGCGUCCGGGUCUGGAUCCCGAGGACCUAUUCGAAGUUACCGCCCAGUGUAUGCUUGCCGCGCUCGACCGCGACUGUCUCAGCGGCUGGGGUGCGGUCGUGUACGUCUUGCACAGUGAAGGCGUCACCGUGCGCGAGCUUAAGGCACGCAUGGACUAG